GAUGAGAUGUGAUAUUUAUUGUGAAGAGAGAGGAUGAGGAAACAGUUUUAAGUUGAUAGUUUCAUUUACGAUCAAACAAUAAUCAUCCCUUUUUUUAAAAAGUUCAAAUAAUCAAACCAAUCAAACCAACAAUCAAAUCAAAUUACAAUAAAACCUACAAACAAUCAGUUUUCCCUAAACCAACCAGUAUGAUGAUAAUCAACCAAUAACUAUCAUCAUCAUAAUCAAAAUAUCAUUAAGAAUCAACAUAUACACCGAAAAGAAAAACUGACUUCGAACCCAUUGAAAUUGUGUGAAUCAAGUUAACCAAUUUACUGUGAAUAUUUUUUUGUUGUUCAUCAAUUGUGAGUAAAAUUAAUAUCUUAUAUGAAAUGGAAUUGACCAAAUCAACAACAACAACAUCAACAAAUGAAUCAACAAUUACAUCAAUAACUAGCACUCGAAAUACCCGAAAUAACAACAACAACAACAAGAUAACUACACCAAAUACAACCAUGAAUGAUUCAAAUAACGGAAGUGAUUCAAGAAAAAAGCCCCAAUUGUUUCAUUCUGUUAGUAUAAUUGUUGAACCAGUUUAUGAUGAUGAUGAUUCUUGUAGCAUACCCUUAGUAUUAACUCCCAAUGAGGUUGUUGUUACAUCAACAGCAGGGAGUGAAUCAACAAUAAUACCCUCAUCAGUAUCACCCACAAGUCCAAUAUUGGAUUAUGAUGAUUUUAUCUUUGAGAGCCAACGAAAGAAAAGUCAAGAGGAAGAUGAAAUUGUUCAAGCUCUAAUGGCAAAUGCUCAACUUCGAAAGGAGGAAUUUGCUCGAUUAUUGGAAGAACAUGCCCAAUUGGUGAACGAAAUUAAUCGAGCUGAAACAACACUCUUAUGAUUAGAUGGAAAGAUCAACACUCAUCCACCCAUCGGAACCCACAAGUGAACCAACCGGAUAGGAUUUUAAGCGAAAAUUAAAUUUCCCAUUGGAAAACAUGAAGAAAAACCAACAACAAUUAACAUCAAUACCAAUUAGUUAAUCAACUUGGGGCUAGGGAUCAACAGAUACAUUUAUCCACACUUAUUACCAGUCACAAUUAAAUAAUGAUUUGAUUACCAACAACCAAAUUAUAACAUCGCUCUAAUCAAAAUUACAGAAAAACAAAAUUAUUAACAAAAAAAAAGUUUCACUCUCUCUCUUCCUGAUCUUUUAUCUUCCUCUCCCAUUGAUAUUAAUAUACAAUUAAUGUUUUAAUUGUAAAACAAAUUAUAAUUAACUAUUAAUAAUUAUCGUAACUCCGUGUCCAAAAAAAAUUCAAGAAAAUUAUGAAAAAUCAAACAAUUAAAUUACCAAAACAAACAAAAGUAAAUGAUUAUAUCGCCUAAAUGAAAACAAGUCCAAAUCCUUUCAAUUUUCAAUUGUAUUAUUAUCACUUCCGUUUCCUGUAUCUCUCUCACCAUUCCCAUUAUCCAAUCUGAAUAUAUAAUUAAUUAUCUUAAUUAUUGUUAUA